GGCCUCUCAAGUUCUUUGGAGCGCCGGGAUGUCGAAGCCGCGGCUGCCGGCAGCGGCGCUGCGGCGGCAGGACUUUGAAGCGGAAGAUGAAUGCUGCGUGGACACCUUCUGCAGCGGCAGGCGCUGUUUUCAAAUCCUGGCCGCAGCGCAUACCACGGGAGGCCUGGUGGCAAUUUCCAUGAUCUCCGCGAUCAUAGACGCCCAGCUUUCUCAGCAAUCCAGGAUCUGGGGCUUUCCGAGCUCCGGCAUCCAUGCCCUGGGCGGCUUUGCAAUUCUGCCCCUGCUGGGGCAGUUGCUCAGCAAGGCAGACUCCGGCGAUGCCUCGCGGAUCAUCGCGGGCGUCGCCUUCAUUUGCGGCUUGCUGGUGGCGCUAGCGCUGCCGGUCAUGUUUAUCGCUGGCAACGGAUCCUUGGUGCCGGACGUUUGCUGCUUGGCCUCGCUGCUUCUGGGGGCGUGCGAGGCGUCAGUACGCCUGGUGCUGCUGAACGAGGUUCAGGCGACUUCCCUGCACUUGACGCAGAGCUUGGGGGUCGCCUUCUUUCUCUCAUUUCUGGGCAGAGCUUUGGGUUCGGCUGUGGCCAACACCCCAUGGGGUACAAAUGGCUACUUCGUUGGCGUCAACAGCAAGCGCUGCCCCACGGGUAGUACAUGCAUGAGGGUGCAAGUCUGUAUGCUGCUUGCCCUGCCCUUCCAGCUCCUGGGUCUUUGCCUGGCAAUGCGGCUGCGUAGCGAGAAGAAGCGCUGGCGCAGCCGCACGCCCAAGGAUCUUGCGGUCGAGAGCCAUAACAAGGAGAAGGAGGACAUUGAGAUGGAGGAGCUGUUGCAGGAUCCCGGCACCGUGAUAGCCCUGGUGGGCGCUCUGCUCUGCAGCAUCUCCUCCAGCUGCGCGGAAGAGCAAAGCCGCCGCUUCGCAGGCGGAGAUUGGGUGGGGCUGGCGCUUGCAGCGUGCUUCCUGAGCUGCUGCUUCGUGCGGAGCUGGGUGCGGUGCUUGGGCGGCUUCGGCACCUGGAUGGUUGCUGCCCUGCUGAAUUCCUUCUUGCUCCUGCUGGUGCCUGCUGUUGCAGACUGGCAGCGACCUUUCUGGGUCGCCCUUGCUGCCGGCUUGCUGCCCUUGGUGCUCGUCACUUUGCCGGCAGUCGUGGCGAUCCGCCGCACCCGCGCGCGCCAGCGGCCGCCAUGUGUCGCGCUGGCACUUGUCCUGGCGCUCCAGGAGGGCGGUCAAGUGCUGUGGACGCUCGCAGGCCCUUUAUUUGCACUGGGCUUGGUGGCUUCGACUGGCCUCGGCUCUGUGUGCUCCGCCUACGUGGCGGUGCUGUGCAGCCGCGCCAUCGUCUGUGACCGGGACGGGGACAAGAAGCGCGCGAGGGCCCCGCGAGCCUCGGAGGUCUGAUUUGCACGGAGGUGUCAAGUGAUUUGUCGAGUCCAGAUGUGGAUGGUUGCGGUUGUGCAAUUCGCAC